AAGUCUGGCGGGUUUGAGUUAGUUAGCUGUCUACAUCGUCCAAGUCCAGAGAAAUUCAGUCACCAGUUUCAGCAUCAAGGCGGAUUUUAACAGUGGGAUCUGUUGCAGAAGUCAUUUGGGCUAUUAAUAGUCAUGGCAACAAGUGGAAUCAUCUCUGAUGACGUGGAAAGCAGUUUGGAAGGAGAGUUUGGAGCCAAAAUGGUAACUGCAAAACAGUACAUGUGUGAGGAGUGCAGCAAGCAGUUCAGUCGCCUCAGUAAUCUGAAGACACACAUACGGACUCACACAGGUGAGAAACCCUAUAAAUGUGAGGAAUGUGGCAAACAUUUCAGUCUGCUGGCGCAUUUGAAGAGCCACAUGCGGACUCACACUGGUGAGAAACCCUAUAAAUGUGAGGAAUGUGGCAAACAUUUCAGGCAGCUGGCGCAUCUGAAGACACACAUGCAGACUCACACUGGAGAGAAACCCUACAGGUGUGAGGAGUGCAGCAAGCAGUUCAGUCACCCCAGUAAUCUGAAGACUCACAUGCGGAUUCACACUGGCGAGAAACCUUACAAAUGUGAGGAAUGUGGCAAAUAUUUCAUUGAUCUGGGUACUCUGAAGAAACACAUGCGGACUCACACUGGAGAGAAACCUUACAAAUGUGAGCAAUGUUCUAAACAGUUCCGUCAGCUGGAUGAACUGAAGACUCACGUGCGAGCUCAUACAGGUGAGAAACCCUACAGGUGUGAGGAGUGCAGCAAGCAGUUCAGUCAGCUGGGUAGUUUAAAAGAACACAUGCGAACUCACACAGGUGAGAAACCCUACAGGUGUGAGGAGUGCAGCAAGCAGUUCACUCAUCGGAGUCAUCUCAAGAUUCACAUACGGACUCACACUGGUGAGAAACCUUACAAAUGUGAGGAAUGUGGCAAACAUUUCAGUCAGCUGGCGCAUCUGAAGACACACAUACGGACUCACACUGGCGAGAAACCCUACAGAUGUGAGGAAUGUGGCAAGCAUUUCAGUGAGCUGGGUAAUCUGAAGAUACACAUGCAGACUCACACAGGUGAGAAACCCUACAAGUGUGAGCAAUGUUCUAAACAGUUCCGUCAGCUGCAUAAACUGAAGACUCACGUGCGGACUCAUACAGGGGAGAAACCCUACAGGUGUGAGGAGUGCAGCAAGCAGUUCAGUCAGCUGGGUAGUUUAAAAGAACACAUGCGAACUCACACAGGUGAGAAACCCUACACGUGUAAAGAGUGCAGCAAACAAUUCAGAAAGCUGAGUCAUCUAAACACCCACAUUCGGACUCAUACAGGUGAGAAACCUUACGUGUGUGAGGAGUGCAGCAAGCAGUUCCGUCAGCUGGCUCAUUUGAAGACCCACAUGCAGACUCAUACUGGUGAAAAAACUUUCGUGUGUGAGGAGUGCAGCCAGCAGUUCGGUCAAUCGAGUCAUCUGAAGUCCCACAUGCGGACUCAUACUGGUGAGAAACCUUAGAUGUGUGAGGAGUGCAGC